AAUCAGAGAUAUGUAAUAAUAUGUUUGUCUUCAAAUGUGCAAUUAAUUUUUCAGUGGUUCCUGGCAAACUUUUCCUAUCAGGAGGCGCUUUCGGAUACUCAGGUUGCUAUUGUUAACAUAUUGUCCUCAACUUCGGGUCUCUUCACUUUACUUCUGGCUGCAAUGUUUCCUAGCAACAGUGGAGACAGGUUUACAUUAUCCAAAUUGUUAGCAGUAAUUUUAAGCAUUGGCGGCGUUACCCUUGUAAGUCUCUCAAGUAAUGAUACAGAAGGAAAAGGCACAAUAGGCUCAUUGUGGUCAUUAACAGGAGCUGUAUUGUACGCCAUCUAUAUAGUCAUGAUUAAAAGAAAAGUUGACCGAGAAGACAAAAUUGACAUACCCAUGUUUUUUGGGUUCGUGGGAUUAUUUAAUCUCCUACUGCUGUGGCCUGGGUUUUUCUUGCUUCAUUAUACGGGAUUUGAGGCUUUUGAAUUUCCAACCAAAACUGUUUGGAUGUACAUCCUUAUUAAUGGACUUAUAGGAACAGUGCUUUCUGAAUUUCUCUGGUUGUGGGGCUGUUUCCUUACAUCUUCACUGAUUGGAACCCUAGCAUUAAGCCUCACAAUACCUCUUUCCAUGAUAGCAGACAUUUAUAUGAGAAAGGUGGAGUUUUCAUGGUUAUUAUUUGCAGGAUCAGUUCCAGUCUUCCUCUCUUUCUUCAUUGCAACUCUUUUAUGUCACUAUAAUAACUGGGAUCCAGUAAUGGUCGGCCUUAGGCGGAUAUUUGCAUUUAUAUGCAGGAAGCAUCGCAUUCAGAGAACUUCAGACGACAGUGAGCAGUGUGAAAGCCUCAUUCCAAUGCAUGGUGUUUCUCAGGAGGAAGGAACCAGUUGUUGUUCAUGAAGCACAGACCGAAGAUAAAUCCACCGAGUAUUUUUUUCACUCAAUCUCCUGAAGUUCUGAUGAAUCCGUAUUCUUUCAGUGCCUGUUCAAAAGUCCCAUCCAUGAAAUUUCAAUUCUCUUAAGACACCGCAUUCAUUCAAAAAUGCUACAUGUUGGGAACAUCUGUGGAUUACAAAAAAAAUGCAGAAUUACUUGUCUAUCACUAGAGAUUGUUGUGGAAAACUCAGCUUUCAACACAACCUAUCUGCCUUACUGAAUGUAUCAAACUUUCAAUUCAACUUGAAAAUAGAACACUAUUCUGUGAAUGUGAGGAUAAACUGUUUUUGGAUCAUAAUUCUAUCUGUAGAUUUUUGGAAAAUACUAGCCAACAUUGAUACUGAAGAGCUACAAAUCUAAAGUACAACAAAUGAAAUCAGUAAUGCUGUAUUGACUCAUCUACGGGGAAAAUAGAAAAUGACUUUGAUAUAGAACCAAUCCAAUUUUAGUAUUGUGUGUACAUCCUAUUAAGCUAUCCAAAAGGAAAUAUCAAAUUAAUGUUCACAGAAGCAAAGGGAAUUUACAACUUUGAAACACAGUUCAAAGGACAAUAUUACUAAGGUAUUUUGAAUUGCCUGGUUAAACAGUGGAUACACUACAUAAUCCAUAUUUUCUGAAAAGACUGAUGCAGACUUCAGUAUUCUUAAUACUGUAUGUUUCAAAAUUAAUCUAUCUCUGAUCUCCACAAAAACAUCCAUUUAAGAUGAAUUAGAAUAAGUAAGAUUUUUUUCAUAUAUGUUGAAUUCCAUGAGUUGGUGGUUUUAAAGCAGGAACAGGAACUACAAUUUUAUUGUUUGUGAGAAGCUGCAGUUUCUGCAUUCUUGUACUAGUCAAAUAUAUUUCUGUACGUGUUCAUAUUAUGGUGUUUCUACUGUUAUGUACACCAUUUGUCUUUGAUUCUCAGGAACUCAGUACAGUCAAGUAAGUAGUCCCUUUUUUUAAUCAGAUCAUGUAAAUUUACUGAUGUGCUGAAGUUUUGUCUUUAAAUAAUGAACAGCCCUUCACUCAUGGUUGAGUGUUGUACUUAAUGAUUCAAAGUUCAGGUUUUGUUGUUUCUUUUAAAAAGAACAAUCAGUGAUAUACUGUAUUUCAACCAAAUGUUUCAGUGCUAAUUCGUAUACAAAGUAGAAUAGGUUUGCAAAAAUAUGGUUUUAGUUCAUUGUGGAUAAAAUACUAUUUUAUUGAUCAAAAGUUUAGUGACUGCAACCACCUAGCAAUUAGCAAAGAAUUAUGGAUUGAACUUAAUCCCCAGUCAUCAUUCAAUCCAAAAAUACCUUGUAUAAUUCUUCUGGUAAGGUGUUUGCAUUUGUAUGUUGGCAAAACUAGUGCAUUGUACGAGUUAGUUCGGUGCAAAUUCCAGUGUAAUAUAAAUAUUUGUUGUGAAAUGUU